CUUACAAGAUAUACAGUGAAUGGCAUUUUCUCUUAAGUCUUCAUCUUCUUCUUUCCUCAUUUCUCAAUCACCAUGAAGGUUUCAUCACUGAUUUCCAUAGAAAUCAACAUGGUAUCAGAGCAGUAAUCAUAUAUAGAUUCUAUCUUCGAUUUCCUCUCCUGGUUCUUGUCUCAUUUUCCAUGGCGGCCAAUUCAGAAGAUCAUUCUGGCAGAAUCAAUCCAUCAGAUCCUCUUUACCUUCAUCCUUCCGAUCAUCCUGGUUUGGUGUUGAUUUCAAAGAAAUUCGAAGGCAGAGGCUUCGGAUCAUGGCAAAAGGCGAUGAAAAUUGCUCUUUCAUCCAAGAACAAAUUAGGUUUUGUUGAAGGAAAGGUCAUCAAACCAGCUGUGACAUCUCCCUCCUUCAACAUAUGGCAACGAUGUAACGAUAUGAUUACGUCUUGGAUCCUGAACGUCUUAAGCAGAGAGAUCGGCGAAAGCAUGCUCUAUGCUGAAACAGUCAUUGAUCUAUGGAAGGAGCUCGACGACAGAUUUGGUCAAUCAAAUGGCACGCGCCUGUAUCAAUUACAAAAAGAUAUCUGUUCCAUCACUCAAGGUAACUCUGAUAUAGCUACAUAUUAUACAAAGCUGAAGAAGGGGAACAUACUGAUCAUGAGACCCCUCCCUUCUGUUGCACAAGCUUAUGGAAUGCUGAUUCAUGAAGAAAAACAGAAGGAAAUUCAGAACACAUCUCAUUUUCUUCCUGAACAUGCUUCUCUGAUUGCUAACUCCCAAGCAUCUCAUAAAGGAAAAUAUGAGGACAAGAAGAUUGUUGUUUGUGAUAACUGUAGAAAGAAAGGGCAUACAGCAGCCAAGUGUUACAGAUUGAUUGGUUUUCCAAAAGAUUUCAAGUUCACAAAAGGGAAGAGAUUUGAUGCCAAUGUCAUCAAUGAGGAAGAUUCUGAGUCAUAUCACAGAGAUGAUUCUCAUUCUGAGGCUUUAUUCACUCCAGAACUCUGCAGCAAGUUCAUGAAGUUCUUCAGUACCAUGCAUGGAGACAAAGGGGAUAUGGGUGGAUCCAGCUCUUCUUCUCAAGCUUUGUCUGCACAUAUGGCUGACACUGGAGCUACUGACCAUAUGUGUGGAAAUUCACAUCUUCUCACUAAUCUCAAAACCUUGCCUUUCCAGGAAGAAGCCAGUGGCUCUUGGUAAAAGGCAGGGUGGCCUUUAUAUCACUGAAGUCUCAGAUUCCAUUUCUUCAAAUAAAACUUCUGUUACCCAUUAUCAAUCAACUCUUUCUGAUAGUUUUGAUGUGUCUAGGUGUAAUAAAGCUUGUAAAGUUCU